AUGUUGUCGGAAUGGAAUAUGGGAAUUUCGAAGCCGAUAGUAGACGAGCCGCCGAUGGAAUUGCGAUUUGCAAUCACAAAGUACACGGCGAAGGCGGAAGUUGAGCUGCGAGAAAAGACGAAGGAGCACGAGAGAGCGCUGGCGACGAUUGCCGAAUUGGAAAAGCAAGUGUACGAGAAGGGCGCGCGGAUCGUGGAGUUGUCGGCGGCGGAAGGACUGAGGCACGAGUUGGAGGCCGAGAAGAACGAGUUGCGGAAGGCGAAGAAGAGGAUCAGGCAGUUGGAGGAGGAGAAGGCCGAGGAGAAGUGGAAGAGGGAGAAGGAGGUCAGGAUGCUCACGGGUGAGUUGAUCAUGAAAUAGGAAUCCUAAGGUGUUCGAAUGCUGUAAACACCUUAUUGCAAAAACUAUGCUAACGCCAGGUUUCAGUUCUCGAAAAAAGAGUACAAACUCGUUAAAAUUUGUUUACAGACAACGUGGAAAAAGGCAAGUACGAGGUGGACCUGCUCGUAAAAGAACGUCACAAACUGCUGACGAGCAACGAGGAACUGGAGGACCGAAACGCGCGACUCGAGGAGAUCAAGGACAAAGAUCAUCUGAUGGGACUGCUGGAAGUGGAGAGAUCCCGAGUGGCGGACUAUCGGUCCAAGUGGCGCACGGCGACGAAGCAGCUGGACGGUCGAAUCCCGAUGGACGAGCGGCUGAUGCCCUGGCGGCAGUGCCAGAUCUGUCGUGUCAAGUACGACGACGAGGAGCACGUUCCGAAGAUGCUAAGUGAGCAGUGCUCGAGAAAUGCUCGUCUGAGAGAAGUUUUCAUUCAGGUUGCGGUCACACACUGUGCCUCCAGUGCGUCAACGGUGUCACCAGCAGCACCAUUCGAAAGAUUUGUCCAUUUGACAAGACUCACAAGAUGCCCGAUGUCGACGAACUCAAGAAUCUCCCCACUAACUAUGUCCUCAUCCAUCAGUGAAUAAAAAAUCAAUAAAUAUUCAAUCCCCUCGCUCUGAGCGUCUGCCUCCUCGUUUAGCUCCCCUUUAUCGUUUUUCCAGCGAUCCUACUUGGCAUCGUCACAACUUUUUGGAUUUGGGGUAUGACGCAUAAACAUACAAAUUUACUUUGUACUCGAUCCCACGACCUCCAAAUUUUUAUCGUUGGCAAACUAGCCGUUAGUCAUUCUGCUCACCCCUAAUACCUUCCGCCUAAAGCUUGAGGAUAGAGCUGCAUUGAAGGGGGACGUACUUACCUUGGGAUACGCCCGCUUCGCGAGAAGAUCGAGAAGAAAUUGAGGGUGAUAGACGAGAAGAUCAAGGCACUCGAGGAGGAGGAAAACAGCAAGCUGAAGAUGCGAUUCGAAGAGAUGAUGAACCUCUUGCUGGAGACAGACGCGACGAUCAAGAAGCUCAACAUGAGAAACGAAGAGCUGUCGCAAGGACGGGGACGAGAGCAGGACAAGCUCUGA